AGGAAACUGAAAAGUAAAAAAAUUCUCAAUUCUUGAUUAGCUAACAAACUGCAAUCAUGAGAAUUUCAUUAGUUUUGGUUCUCAUUUCUGUUUUUGCGACGUCUAAAUGCGACGAACCCGCACAACGAACUGAUGAGACACUUUAUUCAGAAGCCACAUUUAAAGAAUUGGUGGCGGAUCAAAAACACUUCAUCAUGUUUUAUGCUCCAUGGUGUGGACACUGCCAGAGGUUGAAACCAGUGUGGGAAAACCUUGCUGAAGAAAUCAAUGGAAAUUCUGAAAUUGAUAUCUCCAUUGCUAAGGUUGAUUGCACUGUAGAAACAAAGCUCUGCUCAGAUGAAGGUGUAAUGGGUUAUCCAACGUUGAAGUUGUUUCAUCCAUCAAGAGACUCACUUCGUUACAAAGGUGGACGAGAUUUUGAAUCUCUCAAAUCAUUUGUAAUCGCUGCAGUCAACCCCUUACCUGACCCCAACCAAUUCUCUAUUCCUAACGAUGGACUUCAUGAGCUGACGGAAGACAAUUUUGAGAACCAUGUUUCUACUGGCCACCAUUUCAUUAAGUUCUUUGCACCGUGGUGUGGCCAUUGCAAGCGACUUGAACCUGCGUGGGCACAACUUGCUAAAGCUCACACUCCAAGUGAAGAAAACAAAGGCGAUGUCAAAGUGGGAAGGGUUGAUUGCACAGUUCAGAAGUCUGUAUGUUCUAAACAUGAAGUGCGUGGAUAUCCAACAUUGCUGUGGUUUAACAAUGGACAAGUAGUGAAGAAGUAUCAGAGUGGUCGUGACAUCGAUAGUUUCGAGAGGUUCAUCACGGAAAUGACGACUGGAGAAGCUCCUCCUCCUCCAGUUGAAGAUAAGGCUCCUCCAAAACCCGCUCCUCCCAAGCCAGUACCGGUUUUCCAGGAGGAACCAAAAGAACAAGAACCGACCACACCUGUGCUUGUACUUACUGGCAAAGACUUUGACUUCAAUAUUGCGCUUGAUGUAACAUUCGUGAUGUUCUAUGCUCCUUGGUGCGGAUACUGCAAGAGACUUGCUCCAACCUGGGAAGAUCUGGCUGUCUCAGAUUUUUCUGAAGUUGAGUCCCCGGUAAAAAUUGCAAAAAUCGACUGCACAGAAUAUAACCACAUCUGCCAAGCGUUUGAGGUUGGUGGUUAUCCAACUCUCAUUCUCUUCAAAGAUGGAGACAAAGUAGCGAAAUAUAAAGGCAAUCGUUCCAUGGAUGAUUUGAAGUCUUUUAUCAUCAAAAACUCCAAGGAAGUCGCCCAAGAAGCAAAAGAUGAGCUGUAACUUUGUGCUUGAUAAAAUAGACCAAUUCUGUAAACAUAUAUAUUAGCAACUUAAUUUUAACCUAGCUCUCGUUGAAGCAUUUUCUAUACGAGCUAAAACGUGAAUCUUGUAGAACUGUAAGGGAUACUUGAAGCUUUUUGCGCCAGUUAGCUUAUAACCAGCUUUAUAUUAUAACCAUUUGCAUACACAAUGCAGUCAAGUUUCACUUAUUUCAAAUUAAACUGUUACACCUUUGAGUUCAUAUUGCCAAGUUCAAAAUAUAUUCUGAACUUUUUGAAUUUAAAUUUAAAUUUUCUCGUACACCUAACGCUUGUUAAUCCAAGAAAUGUCUUUUGUAUUCGUUAUAAACCUACAUGUAGAUUUUUAUAACUUUGCAAAGUGCAAUACAGUCCUGUGCAACAAAAUAAGUUGUUCUGUAAUAUUGUUUGUAAAUUCCACUCACCAAUUUAAACAUUCUUCCAAUAGCUUUGUGUUAUUUUGACUGAAGGUCUUCAAGCAAUAAGACUGUGGUGCUAAUUCUCUUUCUUAGUUAGAUAUUAAUAUAAAACAAUGUGUAAAAUACUGGACACUUUCGUUAAGCUUUCAUUUCUAAUUUGAAAAUCAAGAAAAGAAUUGUUGAUUUAAAGUUUCGUUGAAUUUUGAUUUAAAAUGUUGGAAGGAUAUAAAUAAACAUCAUAUUCACAAUA